AUAGAAUAGAGUCAUAGACACCGUUAUAGAGAGUCACUGAGGUGAGGUGAGGCAGCCGGCGUAUGUAUGAUGAACCUCAGACGCACAAAACUCGAUGAUGCCACGUGUACGGAAAAGAUGUGAUGUGACGAUGCGAUCGUGCGGAGCACCAUCGUUUAACUUUUCCGACAAGCACAAAAUCCUCAAAAAUCUUUCUACCGAUCUUACCGUGUUCCUCCGCAUGAUUCACAAAACCUGCUCCAUCAAACGUAGGUUCACGGCAACGCAUUCCCACUGAGUCACUCACUAGGUUACGAAUCAAAACCGAUGCUAAUGUUGUUCCUUUUUCCGCUUCCUCGUCUCAGUAACAUGUAAAUUUAUCGAGCAAGCACUGAUUAUUGGGAAGUUCCAUCGAAAAGACCAACAUUGCUUUGAUUCUCUCAGUAACGAGGAGUUUGCAGUGAAGAGGGAAAUGUCUUUCCACAAUCAAGCAUUUUGGAUGGGGAAGAGUCCUGGGGGGUUGAAUGACGGUGACAUGACAAAUGACAAUUCUUCUAGAAUAGAGUCCAAGCGUGCUCAUCAGUGGUUCAUGGAUGACCCUGAAGUGGAUAUGUUUCCCAAUAAGAAACAAGCCGUAGAGGCUCCAAACAAUUUGUUAUCUGGAAUGCUCAACUCCAAUAUUUCUUCAUGGGGAAAUUCCUCAGGAUUUCACUCUUUAAAUGGUCAUUUUACUGAACAGUUAUUUGCCCCAGAUGCAGUAACUAUGGGUUUUGAAGACACAAACACCCCCUCUGUUAGCAUAGAUGAUAAGUUGAGUGUGGAAAGAAAGGAUAACAUGGAUCCCUUUGGGAGUGAGUCCUCAUUUGGUUUAUCCAUCUCAACUGCAUUAGAAGAUCCUCAUUUAGUUUUUAAUUAUGAUGGAACUAGAAAAGUCAAAGUUAAUGAGGUGAGGGAAUCUGAGAAUGCCAUGCCUGUUGCUACAAAUAAUCCCUAUGAAAGAGGUGUUAGUGACAGUGUCUCAAAUCCUUGUCUAUACAAGGAGGAUGAUAAUUCCAUAUCAACAAGUCUCGCCUACAAUGAAGAGGUUGCGAAUAUAAUAACAAUGGAUGGCACAUAUGACAGGACAGAUAACAAUUUUACAUCAAUGAUUCAAUCCUAUAACAAGGGAAAUGACAGCUUAUCUAUACAUCCAACGUUCAAUGAAAUGGAUUUGGGUUUCAGUAAGGUAGAUAGUAAUGUAACAUCUAUUGCUCAAGGUUACAACAAGGCCUAUAACAAUUCCGUGUUAACUAACCACUUAUACAGUAAGGUUGACAAUGACACUUUAUCAUUGCAUCACACCUACCACAAGCAGGGAAAUGAUGUGCCAUUUGUUUCACAUUCCUAUAAUAAUGGAGAGAGCACUAUCAUAUCCUUUGGUGGCUGUGAUGAUGAUGCAACUCCCACUCACUUAUUCAUUUCUGACUAUGAGAGCAUCUAUCAUUUACUUCCAAGUACAGCUCAGACAUCUGAACCUGAGACUGAAAAUGUUCCCAAGACAAAAGGGGAGAUAAAAAUGUCUAGAAAAGCUACUUCAAACAACUUCCCUUCAAACGUCAGAAGUUUGCUAUCCACUGGUAUGCUGGAUGGUCUCUCAGUAAAGUACAAGGCGUGGUCACGGGAGAAGGAACUUCGAGGUGUUAUAAAAGGUGCUGGCUAUUUGUGCAGUUGUCACUCAUGUAAUUUUUCCAAGGUUAUUAAUGCAUUUGAAUUUGAGCGACAUGCUGGUUGCAAGACAAAACACCCCAAUAAUCACAUUUACUUUGAUAAUGGGAAAACUAUAUAUGGGGUUGUACAAGAGCUCAGGAGCACUCCACAGAGCAUGUUGUUUGAAGUUAUUCAGACUAUAACUGGUUCACCUAUCGAUCAGAAAUCCUUCUGCAUUUGGAAAGAAUCUUUUUUGCCUACAGCAGGGAACUCCAGCGCAUAUGGGCAAAACAAGAAGUAAAACAAUUGUUAUAAAGGAGCAAUUUUGAGUUACAAGAUAGGACAAUCUUUGUUGGUUUCAUAGGAGUAAUGUUUUGAUACACCUUUUGCUGACCGAUUGUCAAUGCAUCAUAAGUUUUGAACCCUUUACCCAUUUGAAGAUAAACUCAUCUUUGAUGAAAAUAGUAGGGAACUCUCCAAACAAAAUGGAAAUAUGUAUUGCAAAUUGGAUCUAUCAUGGUAGCAUAUAGUUGAUAAAUUUCAAGAAGGGAAAUUGAUUUUGUUGUCAAGGUCUGUAGUCUUAUUAAUACUCUAUUAUUACCAUUUUCUUUUGUUGUUGUAUGUGGACCAUAUCUCAAAUCGAAAUAUCGUAUAAUUAGAUA